AUGAGCGAUAAGCUAACCUGUCAUGGCCACAAAGGCACAUAUCAUCAGUACAGAUACAGACAGGCCGCUGCCAUGGCCUUCUUCUUCGUCUUGCUCCUCGCCGCCCAUGGCGCGGCCCCUGCUCUUGGCUUCACGCGGAGCGACUUCCCGCCGGACUUCGUCUUCGGCGCCGCCACCUCCGCGUACCAGUAUGAGGGCGCCGUGGCUGAGGACGGCAGGAGCCCAAGCAUCUGGGACACCUUCACUCACGUUGGGAAAAUGGCGGACAAAAGCACAGGGGACGUCGCUUCUGACGGGUACCACAAGUACAAGGAUGAUGUCAAGCUCAUGGCUGACACUAACCUGGAGGCUUACAGAUUCUCCAUCUCCUGGCCAAGGCUUAUUCCAAAUGGGAGGGGAGCUGUCAAUCCAAAGGGGUUAGAGUACUACAACAACCUUAUAAAUGAGCUGGUGAAACAUGGGAUUCAAAUCCAUGUGAUGCUUUACCAUCUCGAUUUCCCGCAAGUUUUGGAUGAUGAAUAUGGAGGAUGGUUAAGCCCUAGAGUUGUGGAGGAUUUCACGGCAUUUGCAGAUGUAUGCUUUAGAGAGUUUGGAGACAGGGUUUCCUUCUGGACUACGAUCAGCGAACCUAAUGUCGUCCCAGCCGACUCUUACGGUAGUGGAAAAUUUCCACCCGGGCGUUGCUCUGAUCCUUUUGGGCGAACAAAAUGUACCGCGGGGAACUCAACCGUGGAACCGUACAUAGCAGCUCAUAACAUGAUACUGGCACAUGCAUCUGUUACUAGACUUUACAGAGAAAAAUAUCGAGCCGUGCAAAUGGGAGUUGUUGGCAUAAAUGUUUACUCCCAUUGGACUUAUCCUUUGACGAACUCUACUCUUGAUUUAGCAGCAAACAAAAGAUAUCAGGACUUCCUGUUCGGUUUGAUACUAGAACCCUUGGUGUUCGGAGAUUACCCCCGAGUGAUAAAGACGAAUGCUGGUUCCCGCCUUCCAUCCUUCACAAAACUACAAUCUGAAUUUGUCAAGGGUGCUAUUGAUUUCAUAGGAAUAAAUCACUACUAUUCUGUCUAUGUGAGCGAUCGUCCUCUAAAGAAUGGUGUUCGCGACUAUGCAGCAGACAUGUCAGUUUACAAGAGAGCUUCUAGAACAGACCCGGCAGUAAGUGAGGAUGUGCCAACAGCAUUUCCAGAUGACCCAAAAGGAUUACAAUUUGUGUUGCAGUACCUGGCAAAAGUCUAUGGUGACCUGCCCAUUUAUGUCCAAGAGAAUGGUAAGGCAUCUACCAACGACACUCUCGAUGACACUGACAGGGUCAAAUACUUGAAGAGCUACAUAGGGAGCACACUGGCGGCAUUAAGAACCGGAGUCAAUGUGAAAGGUUACUUUGCGUGGAACUUCAUGGACAUGUUCGAGUUCCUCGCAGGGUACAAUACACGGUACGGCCUGUACCAUGUCGACUUCGACGAUGAGGCGCGGCCAAGGGAGGCCAGGCUCUCUGCUUGCUGGUACUCCAGCUUUCUGGAAAACAAUGGCAUCCAUUUUCGGAGCGAGCUCGAUAAUAAAGGAUCCCAUGCUCAACAGUGA